CUUCAUUACAUAGUUUCUCAUCUGACAACUAGCAGAUAAUUUUGUAGCUUCUACAAUGGCCACAGCCUCACCCAACAAUAUCACCAUGGUUUUAGUUGGGCGUAGUGGUGAUGGAAAAAGUGCAACUGGCAACAGCAUUCUUAAAAGGAAAGCCUUCAAAACAGUACGAAGUUCUAGUUCAGUUAGAAGUACUACUGAGAUGCAAUCAUCUGUUCUACAAGAUGGCCGAACUGUGAAUGUCAUUGACACUCCUGGAUUGUUUGAUUUUUCAGAUGAUUCUACAACUGCUGAAAAAGAGAUUGCUAAAUGUAUUAAUCUAGCAAAGAAUGGGAUCCAUGCAAUGCUUCUGGUCUAUUCCGUUUCCACCCGUUUUUCAGAAGAGGAAGAAGCAGCAAUUCGAGUCAUAAAAGGUCUGUUUGGACAAAAAAUUGCAGACUACAUGAUUAUUGUUUUUACUGGUGGUGAUUUGUUUGAUGAUGAUGCUGAUAAAGAAUUCCAAGAUUAUUUGGCUGAAUGCCCUAAGCCUUUUCAGGAAAUUCUUCAGUCAUGUAAACAUCGAGUAGUUCUUUUUGAUAACAAAACUAAGGAUGAAAAUAAGAGAAAUUUGCAAGUAAGCAAAUUACUCUCCCUCGUAGACAAGGUCAUUAAGGAAAAUGGUGGACGACCAUAUAUAAAUGAACCUUCUAUUAAAUUGCAGAAGGAAUCUGAGAUGCAAGGCAAGGAAAAGGAAGAAGCUGAGUCAAAAGUGUUGACUGGAAAAAAGAUAUCAAUAAUGCAAGAAGAGGUGCAUAAGCCAAAUGAUGAAAAACUCUACCAAGUAAAGCAAAUGGUUGGGAUGAACUCCAGAGACAAGCCUCAAACAGAACAAGACCAAAGCAGAAUUGCACCAUCCAAUGCAGUAGACAGAGAAAAAUCAAGAGAAGAAAUUCAUCAAAAUCAUGCCCCGCACUCAGGCCCAUUAACUGAGAUGGCUCCCUAUAAUUUUAUACCUUCUAGAAUGGCUUCACCUAACAAUAUCACCAUGGUUUUACUUGGGCGUACUGGUAAUGGCAAAAGCUCAACUGGCAAUAGCAUUCUUAAAAGGAAUGCCUUCAAAUCACAACAUGGUUUUAAUUCAGUUGGAAAGACUACUGAGAUGCAAUCUUCUGUUCUGCAAGAUGGCAAAACUGUGAAUGUCAUUGACACUCCUGGACUAUUUGAUUUUUCAGUUGACUCUGCAACUGUUGAAAAAGAGAUUGUUAAGUGUAUUGAUCUAGCAAAGAAUGGUAUCCAUGCAAUGCUUCUGGUCUGUUGUGCUUUCACUCGUUUCUCAAAAGAGGAAGAAGCUGCAAUUCAAGUCAUAAAAGAUCUGUUUGGACAGAAAAUUACAGAAUACAUGAUUAUUGUUUUUACUGGUGGUGAUUUGUUUGAAGAUGAUGAUGCUGAUAAAGAAUUCCAGGAUUACUUGGCUGAAUGUCCUAAGCCUUUCCAGGAAAUUCUGCAGUUAUGUAAACAUCGAGUAGUACUUUUUGAUAACAAGACCAAGGAUGAAAAUAAGUGUGAUUUGCAAGUUAGAAAAUUACUCUUUCUCGUAGACAAUGUCAUUAACGAAAAUGGUGGGAAACCAUAUACAAAUGAGCAUUUUAUUAAACUGCAGAAAGAAAUCGAGAUGCAAUGCGAGCAAAAGGUUAAAUGAGAAGGAAAUAAUACAAAUGGGAUUGGGGAAGAAACGACUAGUGACAACGAAGGUUGUGGAGAACAGGAGUAGUCUUGAUUUGAUCGAUGGGGUAUGACUGGUAGGUGGUAGGGUGUUUCUUUACCGUGU